AUGGUCUUCGAGUCUCCACUGCUUUGGUACAAUGAGAUCUCCCAGGCGCUCAAGGAGGCAGGGAUUGACCGUACGGAUGAAGAACCUUGCGUAUUCACCAACGGCAAAAUCCUGGCUCUUGUCUAUGUCGACGACAUCUUGAUUCUCAACCCACGGCAAGAGAAGAAGGCUGUAAACGACCUUGUACAACAUCUCCAAUCCAAAUACGAUUUGCGCGAGGAAGAGUUCAAGUGGUAUCUUGGCAUCAGAGCUGUAAGGGAUCGACCAAACAGGAAGGUCUACCUCUGCCAAGACGAGUACAUCGAGAAAAUUGCGCGAAAGUUCAAGCUCAGCGACUUGAAACUCCGAGUACCAUCAAUCCCCAUCGCGACGAUCCCGCUCGUCAAGUACAACGGGCAGGCUACCAAGGAAGAGAUAAAGGCGUAUCAGGAACGAGUUGGAUCCUUGAUGUACAUCGCGGUCAUGACCAGACCCGAUAUAGCACGAGCAGCAGCCCAGCUCGCGAGGUUCCUGACAAACCCAUCGCCUGAACACCUUGAAGCCGCAAACCAAUGCAUCCGUUACCUCUAUUCAACGAGAUUCUUGGCGAUCGUCGACGCGUCAUUUGGAGAUGAUGUCGAGACCCGUCGUUCAUCGCAGGGAUAUGUGAUGAUGUUGUUCAACGGACCGGUCAUAUGGAAAGCUGGGCUCCAGGACACAGUCACGACUUCGACCACCGAAGCAGAAAUUCUCAGCCUAGAGAACAACCAAGGAGAGCUACGCCCUGGACCGACUAUUACGGAUAUCUCUCUUGAUCUCGGCCCCUGA